GGCUCCCGAGGGCGUGUCCCCGCGUCGCGAUUGGUCCGGUGCAAAGAUGGCAGGCGUUGCUGUCAAUCAGAGCCCGUGGUGGGGGCUCGGGGAACCACCAGCGGUAGAGAACAACACCGUCAUAACGUAGAGAAACUCCGAGUAGCGUGGAGGUGACCGUGUUUGUGUUGUAGUGUGCAGUGAAAACCAGCAAACUGUUCGCGCCGACGGAAGACAUGUUGACGAUGGAAACGGACCUCAAAGGGGGCAGUUUGCACGCGACGAUGCCGCCGCACCACGCCAUACAGUCCUACGGCUCGCUGGCCCCCAUGCACAUGGGCCAACACCCCCAUCAGAUGCACCACCAGCCCCAGCCGCCCCAACCACCGCCGCAACUGCACCACCACCAACCACCAUCCACCCAGCACCAGACCCAGAACAACAACAACAACAAUACCAAAUCGCAAAACAUGGAGCGGGUCAAACGGCCCAUGAACGCCUUCAUGGUGUGGUCGCGGGGCCAGCGGCGGAAAAUGGCCCAGGAAAACCCCAAAAUGCACAAUUCGGAAAUCUCGAAGCGGCUGGGGGCCGAGUGGAAGCUGUUGAGUGAGGCCGAGAAGCGGCCCUUCAUCGACGAGGCCAAGCGGCUGAGGGCCGUGCACAUGAAGGAACACCCGGAUUACAAGUACCGGCCUAGGAGGAAGACCAAGACGCUCCUGAAGAAGGAUAAAUAUCCCUUGGGAGCGUCCAGCUUGAUCCCGACUAGUGACCCGACGCGGACGGCGCCUUCGGCGGUCCAACAGGUGUCCAGCCGGGACAUGUACCAGAUGCCCAAUGGGUACAUGCCCAACGGGUACAUGAUGCACGACCCCGGGGCCUACCAGCAGCAGUACACCGGGUCCAACUACGGCCGCUACGACAUGUCGCAAAUGCAGUACAUGAACGGUUACGGUUACGGGGCCACCGUGCCCCAGAGUGCAGGCUCCCCCUACGGAAUGCAACAGACGUCGUCGCAUAGCCCCUCUGGGUCCAGUAUAAAAUCGGAGCCGGUUUCUCCGAGUUCGGGGCUGCACACACCGACGCCGGGCGUCAAGCGGGAGUACGGCCAACAGCAGCAGCCCCAGGGGGACCUGCGACAGAUGAUCUCCAUGUACCUGCCCACCGAUGGGUCCCAGCACAUGCAGCAGUACAGUGCGUCGCCGGACCCGCUGGGGCCCGGGCCCCUGGCGCCCCUCGCGCACAUGUGAGAGCCGCUGUUCGAACUUGACGGUGACUGAGUGUAAAUAGUUGCGAAUUUUGGUUCCUUAACCAUCUACAGUAUUGUUAUAUUUGUAAGGAUGCGGCCGUUCAUUUUGCUGUAAGUGGUCCAGUACAAACUUUUCCUAUCUCGAAUCUCACGCUCACGCAAAAUGAAUCCGUCGCCAUUUAUUUAGUUCACACUGUAUUCCGUGUAUAUAGUCAUUCAAACGCGUUUUGUAUAGAACAUCACGAAGGUUCACUACCAAAAAUUUUGUAAAUAGGGCCCAGCAGGACCGAGACGUCGACGGUUACAGCGGACGCGUCUCAGUUAGGUUUUUGACAAACGAUCCCAGUGUCUCUUCCGCAUCUCAUAUGUAGUGUAAAUAUUUAUAAAUCUCUUAGAUUUUUGCCACUUGGACGAAGAGAGCACUACCGGUUUGUUCUUGUUGGUUAUUCUCUUAUUAUUUUUUAUAAUUGUUUGUUCAUUCUUCCGGCGCGCGGAACAUUUGUUACUUUUCGAAGAAAGAAAUCAAAUUAUUUUUUUUAUUGUGAUGUCGGCCUGAGAAAGAAAUGAACAUUUCAAAUUUAUCAUCACAGCUUUGUACAUAUUAAUUUUAAGUUCAUUUUUUGAAUGUACAGUGUGUUUACAAUUAUUAGUCAAUGGAACGAAAAUGUGAAUAUAUGAGAUUGACAAGUU